UCGAUCUCUCCGCCAAAUUAAACAGCCCCCCCUGUUUCUCUUUUCUCUGUUCUCUUUUACUCCAAGGUUUCAUUUUCGUGGCUUCUCCGUCAGCUCAGUCUCAUUCUCUCUCUUUCUUCCUACAAAUUACUCUCCCUUGAAUGGAGAAUUAGAGUGUGGAAACCCUCUUUUCUGGAUUCAUUUCUCAGUUAAUAUGGCGACGUCGGCUUUCAAAUCGACGACUAAGAGGUCGUCGAUCGGGACGCCGUCAAGAGCCGGGACUUCCAGCUCAUCAGCUCAUCGCCGGUCGAGGAGUCUCAGCCGGUUCUCUCGGAAGGUUCCGGCGGCGGAGGAGGAGGAUUUCGAGGAGGUUCCGGUGCCCAAGGGGAGAUUUGUUAAUACUGUGAGAGGAUCGGGGUUCCCGGAGAUCAGCCUAGAUGAUCUGGCGGUGGAUUUCUUCGGGUCUGCCGAGAGAGGUCGGAGUUCUGAAUCUUCUGAUGUUGGCCAUUCCGUGACGGCAGGGUCGUCUCAGAGGCGGGGGAGGUCGGUGUCGAGGAGAGGCGCUGAUGGAAAUGGAUGUACUUCUGAGAAUUUUGGUGUUGGAAGGGCUGUUUCUGACAACAAUUCGAGGAGGAGAAGGUCGGUUUCGGUGGUGCGGCAGCAGAUUAGCGAUUAUGAGAGCGAUGUAGAUCUUUCUCAAAAUUAUAGGAAUCGUGCUAAUCUGAAGAGUUUCAGUGAUGGAAAUGGACAAAUGCCUUCAUCACAGAAGCCUACAAUUUCAAAUCAUCGUAGAUUUCUGGGAAGGUCUUUGAGCCAGAAGGAUCUAUUAAAGUCAAAUGAUGGUUACUCUAGCCAGUCUUCUGCUGUAACUGAUGAUGAAGCAAGGGAUGGUUGUUCCAGUAAAAAUGGGAUUGUGAAGACAAUACGAGCUGUUUAUGCACAGAAGAAGGCCGAGCACCCAACCGGGGAUGAUGUGAAUGGCGGGCUGUAUGAGGCAAUGCGUAAAGAGCUUAGACAUGCUGUGGAAGAGAUCAAAAUGGAACUCGAACAGGCCAUGGGAAACACAAACACAAACACAAGUGGUGAUCAUCUGCAAUCCAAUAAUUCCGACGUUCUUGAUGUUUCCACUGUCAGAAGAAAUUAUGCUACAAAAUUGGAACAGUCAGAGAAGCGUAAACAAGAUCUAUUAGCUGAAAUUCUAUUGGAGGAGCAACGUGGGAGAGAGCUCUCUAAGAUUGUAAAAGAAUUGCUUCCUGAUUCUAAGGACACAGCUUCUGUAGAAAAACCAUCGCGAGCCAGAAAGAGAAGUAAUGACAGAAAUAGGAUGUCUAAGCGACUGACUGAGGAGGCAGAGAAAUAUUUUGAGGACUUCAUAUCAAAUGUUGAAGAUACAGAUAUUUCGUCAUUUGAUGGAGAAAGGAGUGAUGGAAGUUCAACUUUAAGUGGAAUAACAAAACCAAGGGAACCUGAGAAGCAUAGCAGGGAACCAGAAAUUUUUCGAAGCCAGGUACCAUCUUAUUCUCUUCCUUCUGAAAUGGAUGGGUUGGUUCUCCCUUGGUUGCAAUGGGAGACUCAUAAUGAUAGUUCUCCCCUAUCAUGCAACAAGAAGACAAAGCUGCCAGUGACUCCAAAAACUCUUGUGUGGGAUUCAGCUCAGGAGGGCAUGAAUGCACAAGAUCAAAUUAACUGUUCCAUCAGUAGCCGCGGUAGUUGGAGCCCUGGAAUUGUGGACAGCCCUUCCAUUAACACAGGACACGAUCUGGGGAGCAAAUUUGGAGGACCUGGAAGUUCACAGGGCCAAUCCUUUAGGAGAUCAGGAUUUGACAUGGAUGAGUAUGAGAGUCUUAAAUGCAACGAAGAUCUUCUAUUUGAAAGAUGGAGACAACGGCAGAGAAUAAAUUCAGGUGGUCUCCUGCUUUGUGGCAACAUUCUUCUUUAGCUGCAUUCCCUUGAGUUUACAUACUCUGCGGCCUUAAUUUCAUCCAUCUCCCGCAUUUUUCUUAAUCGUCCUUAGCUAAGAUAGCAUGCGUUCUUGUACAGUGUCUAUAUAGCCAAACAUUUUCCAGAAUCAUGAUUCUCCUACCCUGGUUUAAUUUAUUCUCCUAUUUUUCAGACACUUGAAGUCCUUCACUACCAUAUGACUAUUUAAUUUGGAAGGGCUUACAACCCUUUCUUUCCUUUUAAUUCAUUUUGUUUCUUUA